AUUUCAAAAUGAAGUUCUCUCAGCUCAGCACCGCGCUCCUCUUCGCGCCCGCCAUGGCCGGUCUUCUCUCCAAGCGUGGAGUGCAGGAGGUUCCCAACCCAGGCGUCGGCGAUGACAUUCCAAAGGAAGCCAAGGAGAAGUUCCUCAGCAACGACGUGAAGAACCUCCUCUUCACGAAGGACGCCGAAGCCCGCGACGACAAGGAGCAACAUCAUGUCCCAAAAUAUCUCUUCGUGCUCAUGUGCCGCACGCAGGGUUUCCGUGGAGAAUGCCUCGUCUUCGGAGCUGCUCCCGGACAGUGCGUGAACUACUACGACUUCAACACCGACGGGAAGACCGGCAAGUCAUACGACAAGAACAUCACUUCCCUCAGCAGCAGCUACGGCGACGUGUGCCAGUUCUACACCGAUAAGGACUGCGGCUUCGACAACGAAAACUCUGGAGUCAGCCUUCAGUACGCCUACAACCUUGACAUCAGUGAAAGCGGCAACACCCGACCCGACGACUACGAUGGCAGCUACGGCCACAACAUCUCCUCGUGGAGAUGCUAGCUCAGCCAUGCUUCCACUGCUCGCCCGAAUGCUCCUGACCUUUGACGGAAGACGAUGGGACAAUAAUACGGAAUGCAUGGAGUGUCGAGCUGUGAUUGGGUCUUGUGUAUUCUCGUCGCUUUGGGGUACAGUCUUUACCUUUGCACAAUGGAUAUGGUCAAACGAUUUUUGCUUCAUUGAUCUCCCGUCUCAUGCUCGUCUCCUACCAGCAUUCAGCAUCUCUCGUCGGACAUGAAUCCGCAUGUUCGUUGUCUUUCCCGGUCGAUCACUUGCCUCCGUGCCGUUUGCGUCAACUGCUCGGCCAUGUGGAAUCGGAACUGGAUCACCGUGCUCCAAUCCACGCUGAGUGACCACGCCCUGAAAUGAGAGUUCAACGGUGCAUGCCUUCCGCAUUCCAGUCCACAGACAUCUCAGUUCGACAGAGUUCUCUUCUAGUAUCCCGGAAAGUAUCAAUCAAAACGAGUACCGCGAUCAACGCCAUCAUCAUCAGACAAGCUUUCCGUCUCGCAAUACUUCCCCACAUCACCUUCACGAUCAGAUCUGAAGACGAACCAAUUGUAUGCAUUCGCCGCAGGAGUCCCAUACGUAAGCUCCAGAGUGGUGUUGCAACCACUAUCGUCCGCUCGCGUGAUCUGGAGCGGCUUGGGAA